AGUGUCGAUUUAUGUUUGCCGAUAUUGACUGGAGCUUAAUUUGAUUUUAUACAGUAAACUGUACAGAUUGAAGUAGUGUUGAUGGCAAUGGCAGCAGUAAAUGUUGAUAUUUUGGAUUGUUUCCCUGAAAUGAUUCUGAUAGAAAUUUUAUCUUAUUUAAAUGUUCAGGAACUGAUCCGGACUGCCAGAGUUUGCAGGCGUUGGAGAUUGUUAGUGAAAGAUCAGAGACUCUGGAGGAAUGUGGAUCUUUCUACAUGGAAGCGGGUGACUUCCCGCGUCCUCUGGACGUUGUUACGGCAGUAUUUUGGGCGUGGUCUGUGUUCUCUGCACCUGCAGGGGUUGCUGCAGUCUGCACGUGGCGGAUCGUUUCUCACUGAGCCGUGGCUGCACGCUCUCGGCUCUAAAUGCCCUCGACUGCGCAGACUUUCACUCACGCUCACAGAUCUGCGAGGUCUGCACAGCUGCUCACUACUUCCCUCUAGUCUAAAGGUUCUGGAACUGCACAGUUGUGAGCUUCCGCCUGGCUUUUUUACCCACAGUCCUCCAGCACCGGCACGGCCUGAUUCGAACAGCACAGAGAACAAACACCCAACACCGUCCACCUCAUCUGGACCCUCAGUAGAAACUCUGAUUUUAGACAACGUGCCCUCAUUCACUGACCAGCACCUGCAGAGCCUCAGCUCAUGGGGGCACCUGCAUCACCUGGAGCUGCGCAACCUGCUGCGCGUGACCAUCGCAGGAGUGAUGGGGUGUGCCCCGCCUGGCCCCAACUCCCUGCUACAUCUCACCCACCUGGAGCUGGAGUCGUCCAGCCGGCAGCAGAUGAUGGCGCUAGGCCUGGCAAACGGGGGCUGGGCAGGGUUGGAGCGGCUGGCGCUCGGCGGGCGGGAGGUCACGCCCGGUUUGCUCCGCCUUAACCAGCUACCUGGACUGCGCUGGCUGCAGCUGCGUGGCUGCAGGGUGGCUGAGACCAUGCUGAUGCGGGUCUUCUGCCACCCCGCACUGAAGGGACUGCGCACACUAGAGUUUCUCCAGGUGGAAUUUGUGAUCGAGGACGAGCGGGACAAAAACGAGGCGGAGAACCGGAGCCAGAGCUGUCGUGUACCCGAAAUCAGACGGGCGCUGGCUAACCUGCUGCCCGACUGCAGCAUGCUGUUUACACAGUGUACAGUUACGGUUAAUCCGGACUGAUAUGCACUGAUACGUGUUAGCAUUACGUUCACUUAUUUUAUCACAACAGAGCUCAACCGCUCAAUCUGCUGCGACUGGUUUCUUUUUUUAUUUACUGUCAUGCAAAACCAAUGAUAUGGCUCCCCCUUGUGUACAAACUUCUGCCUGCUAGUCAUGAAUAAAUAAGAAAUUCUAAACAAAAAAGUGGGAAUAAAGAAGACAUGUGGGGGGUGACUUGGGUAGGAAUAAGGAAUAAAAUGGUACUAAUGAAAAUAAACCUUUCUUUUAUUUAAAUCUAUUUUAAAAAUCUAACGCGUCAUGGUGAACCGGGGGUGUUACGAUGAUUUUAAUUUAGUUUUGUUCUUGAACCGGUCAACAGCACAGACCCUGGAUCCCAACAUUCCUGAUUUACACCAAACAUCCAUACAUUAACACACCUGGAUUACCUGCCAGCUUUAUAUGUUUAGGGGUUUGAGUAUAGAAUCGAUAUGAUGGAGGAUUUUUUUAUAAUAAAAUGAUGAAAUCAA